CCUGCCCCUCUCCUCGGGCACGCGGCGCAACGCGGCACGGGUGGCCCAGCACGCGUCCCCGUCCCCGCAGACAACCUGUCGUACAUCGAGCACAUCUUCGAGAUCUCGCGCCGCCCCGACCUGCUGACCAUGGUGGUGCAGUACCGCACCCAGGUCCUCAAGAUCUCCGAGGAGGACGAGGUGGACACCAAGCUCACUCGCAUUCCCAGCGCCAAGAAGUACAAGG